AUGGACAGAGUGAGCGCAGCGGCUACGAUCAUUAAUCUGGUUGACAUGGCGGCCAAAAUCGGGAAGGCGCUUAAAGAGUACCAUGACGACGUUCGCGAUGCCAGAGAAGAUAUCCGGAAGUUGUACGGGUCGAUUCAGAGCUUGAAGUCUCUACUGGAGCAAAUUCGAGACUUUCAGCCCCAUCAAACACAAUUUCGACACGGCUCUGGGCCUCUUAGCCAGGCCCAGGAAGAACUUGACCGCCUAUCGCAGAAAGUUCAAGUUCUCCAAGGAUCAGAGGCGGCGUGAUAAGGUUUAACAAUCUUUAAAGUGGCCACUCGACAAGAGUUGCGUGGAGAAAGCCUUGGUAAACAUUGAGAGAGCCAAAUCUAGCCUUAAGCUUGAAAUUGGACUCAAGCACUUGUAGGCGGAUGGGUUCGUAAUGCCAGGACAACACUCCAGGUGAUGUCAAAAAGAGAGGCAAGGCCCCAUUUGUUAUCACAAUCACUAACCAAUGUCUUCCAAAUGAUAUAGAAACCUUCAAAUCGAGCAUUUUGACAUAUGCUUAGACAUUAUAAACGAGAUCAAGGACGCUCAAGGAGACAAACAGAAAUGUGAAACCGAUACGUGGCUCUCUCCAGAAGUUGCAGACCCCUCUACGGAACACAACAUUGCCCGGUUUAAACAUGAAGAGACAACAGGGUCAUGGUUACUGGAUUCCGAUAAGUUUAGAGAUUGGCUUGAACAAGAAAACUCAUUUUUAUGGAUUAACGGCGGUGGUGAGUCUCCUUGUGUACAUCGAUAGCUUCGCUAACAACAUUUUAAAGCUGGAGCUGGGAAAUCAAUCUUAUGGUAAGCCGGAGUUCUGAUGCAUCAGUCACUCGCUCCUUCUCCCUUCCAGUAGCGAAAAUGGUUGUUGAUAAUCAAAUAGCUCCACAGCAAUUGAACAUGUUCAGGCGAGAUGCGUGGGAAAUCCGUUUUCAGUGGUUACAUAUUGGUACUUCAGUUUUUCGGAUUCUGAAAAGCAGAAACUAUACCCCUGUCUCUGCUCGAUUAUUGCUGGCAUCCUCAGCAAGAGACGUGACAUACCUACCACUCUUUGGAUGGGAUACGAGCGAUCGAAUCGUGGCCAGCUGAAGCCCUCCUUAAAAGUCUCAUUUCAAUACUCAAAGAAGUUACGGAGAGCUUUGAUGACAUUUACAUUGUCCUGGAUGCACUCGAUGAGUUUCCAAGGUCUAAUGACGGAAAAGGCAGGAACGAACUUCUGAAGUGCAUUCAUAAAAUUCGAGGUCUUCAGAUUAAGUCUUUACAUUUCCUCGCGACAAGCAGGAAAGAGGCCGACAUCUUGAAAUUAUUUGGUUCGUUUGCGACCAUUGAUGCAGCUGGUGCUGACGUCGAGGCGGAUAUCAGAAAGUAUAUUGACCAACGGCUACAAGAAGAAGAAUUCUCUCAAUGGAAGGCUCCUCUGAAGCAAGAAGUUCGUGAGAGUCUUGCAACCAGAGCAGAAGGAAUGUAAGUGACAACAGUUUUUAGUGAGGCCGUCAGAGCUUACUAUAAAUUCUUCAUUGCAUAAAUUAGUUCAGGAGACGUGGUGUGUACACCAUUCAUUGGUUGAUCUUGUUUUAAACAAUCUGAAUUAUGUACCACCUACAGCUACGUCUCAUACUUCCUAUGAAUACUGAUACCCCUAUGCCUUGAUGAGACAUUGCUAACUUUUCCAAGGUUCAGGCUUGUUGCUCUCCAACUGGACUCCCUGAGCACUCUUCGCAGUGCCUCGAAUGUUAGAACUGCGUUAUUAAAACUACCCCGAACCUUGGACUCGUUUUACGAGCGCAUGUUGCUCGACAUCAACGAGUCGGACAAAGAACUCGCUCGACGCGCACUGGCAUGGGUAUCCUUCGCGGCACGCCCCCUCACAUUGUGUGAGCUUGCCGAAGCCGCUGUUGCUAACCCAGAGGAGCCAGGCCUAGAUCUCGAAAAUGGCUUUUUCGAGCCCGAGGUCAUUUUAAGUAUCCUACCCGCUGGACUCAUCCAAGUAUAUCAUGAACAAAGAGAGUUGGGCCACAGCAAAGGACAAAUACGCGAUUUAGUUGAUACGUCUUCCAAAGAGAUGGUUCAAUUUUCUCACUUCUCGGUGAAAGAAUACAUCACUUCCUACCACGAUUUGGGAAGUACGGCAUUGUUUUAUUGUGCACUUCCAAUGCCUACACAUAAAAUUAUCGCGAAAACAUGCUUCGCUUACUUGCUUUGGGUGGGCUCUCAGAGUCUCGAAGUCACAAAUGAGUCACGUACCCAGUUCCCGUUACUGGACUAUAGCGCUCGUUGUUGGCUAUACCAUAUCAAUCCCCUAGAGCAAGAACAGAAUGAAAUCACAAUGGACAAGGAUCUCGUUGCUUUGGCCAUGAGGUUUUUGUGUUAUGGUUCUGCUGCUAUGAAAGUGUGGCAAUCUGUCACGUUUGAGGGAAGGCGUUCUGGAAGAAGAAAACUCGAGUUCUUCUCGGCACUGAAACCUUUCUAUCAUUCGAAUCCAUGGGCAGUUAAGAAGAUGGGAUGCAAUAUUCAUCCUGUGGUUUUAGUUUCGGCGCUAGGCUUUCGCGGUUUGUAAGCAGUAAUACUUCAGUUCCACCCAAAUCUUGAUGAGCUUCCUAAGGACGACGUACUCGGAACUUCUCUUCAUGCCGCUUCAUUCUUUCGCAACUACGAAGUCGUUGAGCAAUUCAUAGCAUGUGGCGCCGAUGUGAAUCUGGAGGGGGGCAAAUAUGGAUUCCCAUUAAUUGCAUCAUGUGUCUAUGGUGAUUGUAACAUCACUAGACUACUCCUGGACCGCGGUGCCAACAUCGAGGCAAGAAAUCAGGACAGGUAUAUAGCUUUAUUGACUGCGGUCGAUGAAAAACAUGACGAUAUUGCCAAACUUUUGAUUCAGCGUGGUGCCGCUGUCAAUGGGACAAGGGAAGACGAGCGUAGUCCAUUGAUGAUCGCCUGUGAAAACAAAAGCCUAGAUAUUGCUCAUUUAUUGAUUCAACAAGGUGCAGAUAUUGAAUGGGGAGGUACCAGGUUUGGGGCUCCACUGUAUGCCAUAGCUUCAGCCUCUUCCGUCCUUGAUACGCUCGAAGCCAUGAGGUUCCUGCUCCAAAUGGUGCAAAGGUUAAUAAUCUAGGGGGCCAAUAUGGUGCACCGUUACAGGCUGCUUGUCGCCACAUCAGCCUAGAGCCAGUGCAGCUAUUACUUGACUCUGGUGCUUUGGUAAACUUCCAAGGGGGAGAUUACGGAACCGCAUUGCAAAUCGCUUGUUGGAACGGGCGUAAAGAAGUUGUUGUCUUGUUGCUCAACACAGGGGCAGACGCCAAUUUAAGAGGCAAGUUUGAAACAGCGUUCCACGCGGCAGUUCUCUCCCAUGAGCCUGAAAUAGUGGAGUUGCUACUUGCAGACGCUAAAAUAAAAAUCUCACGAGAACAAUGGGAAAACCUUUGUGAAACUUUGAGGGAGGAAAUCAAGCUCGAUCCUUUGAUUCUUGAUAAGCUUAAAUCUCACAACCUUAACGAUACUAAUGAAACUUUUUCAAGAAGCGCCCAAAUGUUAAGACGUAGGAGGCUAUAA